UAUUCUUUUAAUGCAAAUAAAACCCAGUGGUUCACACAAAAACUUAAUGGAAGCAUUGAAGCAAUGGAUGUCAGUAAGAACUUUAAAAUGUCAAAGAUUGGAACUGCACUAUGGUUUUCCCCAGUAGAGAUGAGACAUUCAGGAACUUACUUAUGCAGAAGAGAAAAUAAGUGUAUGAAAAUUCAAGUCCAUGUGAAAUCCAAGGAAAAUUGUACAACAUAUGGCCAUAGCAGUCUUUAUUUUACAAUCAAAAUGAAAAGGUCUGUUUCAUGCCCUUCAUUAAGUUGUCCACAGGGGACGAAUAUAUCAAAUGUCAGAUGGUACAAGACUGCAAACUUUUCAGCCGUAAAAACGCCAAACAGAUUUUCUAUAGAAAUUAUUAACAAUGUUAUCCAGUUUAAUGAGAUAUACACUAAUGAUGCUGGAACAUACAUAUGUGAUUAUCUUCUAUAUAUUGAUGGAAAAGAAUGGAUAGUUAGAGCAACUACUGAAGUUGUAGUUGGUGUUCAAGACACACGAAGACCUCCAGAAAUUUUGGGUCCAUCUAAUGGAUCAAAAAUAGAAGCAGUGCUUGGAAAACCCCUUAACCUAACUUGUAGAAUUCGAUUUAGAUUUGAAAGACAUUUUAAUCCAGUGAUUAAAUGGACAAUGAUGAACCGUAAUUUCAAAGAAGAACAUAUUGGAGGAAGUGAUCAUUGUAUUAAAAAGGUUAUUGGAAUUGAGUGUUUCUUCACAAUCACCCUUCAUAAAGUAACAGUGGAUGACCUCCAUGCAACGUUUUACUGCCAUGCUCAGAAUUCUGUGGGCAAUGCUACUACAAUGAUUACAUUAUCAAAAAAAGAAAAAGACAUUGUAUUCUUCAUAUAUGUAUUGUGUGCCACAGUGCUUUUCCUGCUGAUCCUGCUGGCAGGAGGUGGAUUGAUGUACUUUUAUUGGAUAGAAAUAGUGUUAUUUUACCGGCAUUACCUAUCAAAGGAUGAAACUGUUGGAGAUGACAAGGACUUUGAUGCCUUUAUUUCAUAUGCUACACAUAGCUCUGAUCUCAGCGAUGAGACCAGAGAAAACCAUUGUAAAAUCGAUGAUGAUGAGGAGCGAUUUGCAACACAAUUGCUACCAAGUGUGCUGGAGAACAAUUAUAAUUACAAACUCUGUAUCCUUGAAAGAGACAUUCUACCAGGAGGAGCCUAUGUUGAAGAUAUUGCGAAGAUCAUUAAGAGAAGCAGGCGAGCUAUUUUCUUACUGUCUCAGAGAUAUAUCACAGGACCAAGCUUGUUUGAACUGCAGGCAGCUGUUACUUGCUCUGUGGAACAAGAAGAGCCUUUGAAAAUGAUUUUAAUUAAAUUACAUUCAUUUAAGGAGCCGGAUUCCAUGCCGCAAGUAGUGAAGAAAGCCUUGAAAGCUCUACCAAUGGUCUCCUGGAAAGGAGACUUAGAUGGCAAAAUUGCACAGAACACAAAAUUCUGGAAUAAGGUCCGGUAUUACAUGCCAGUCAAAAAGAUAAAGCACAAUGGGAAAAUAUAAUGUCCUAUGGACUAGUAAAAAGUAAACUAUGUCAAUGUGCGACCCCAAAUUAUCUGAAAUAUUUAACAGAAGAGAAUACUCUAUAGGGGAAUUCAAUUCUGCAUGAUGUGCUGCAGAACAUCACCAUAAUACCUCAGAUAUCACCAAUGUCUCAGUCAGCGCUAAUGGUAGAAAAUGUCCACAAUUUGGAAAUACGCUUUCAAUGGUGCAGUGUUCUUGAUGAUCUUAAAAAAUACUAUAUAUUUAGUGUCUAAAGCACCCUUUUCAAGUCUGUCUAAUUCAAUCACAUAGAAAUUGAACAAUAGUCAGUUCUAUCAUCAAAAUACUUUUGCAAUUACUUUAAGUUAGGGAUGUGUUGAGUGUUAAUAAUUUAUUGGAAUGCAAGUUUUUUUUAUAUUGUUGUGUUUGUUUUGUGACUUCUGCUCUACAGAACUUGUUGCCUAAAAAAUAUAUGUACGAUGCAUGGGCCAUCACUAUAUAGAUAUAAAUAUAUAAAGACUGUUGAGACAUUGAAGUUCAUUGAUUUACACAGGUAUCCCUCACAGAGGGGUGGAGUGAUACAGCGCAGGGUGUGUGAUCUGUCUCUGAGGAGAAGGGUGAAGUGAUGUAGCCUCAGUGUGAGGAUUCCUGUUAGAGAUGUAUCAGGAGUCAAGUGAGGAGAGGAGCUGCUCCGGCGCCCAUCAUGGGCUGUGUUGGGACAGACGCUGCCUACCAGCCUGGAUGAUAGAGCAGAGGUCUGAUUGGAGUCAGUGAGCAGCAUCACAGCAGAGGAGCUGCCUGCAUAUUCUCCUCCUUCAUCGUGAGUGACAGCAGAUGCUCACAGUAGAGGAGGGAACACUCAUAGGCGGAUUCAGGGGGGGCACUCGGGCCCAUGCCCCCCCUAUCGUUUCUGACUUCUUUUUUUCAAAAGGAGAACAGCAGCAGCUACUGCUAUUUCCGUCAGUCAGAUUUGAUAAAAGAGCCGGCAGGCACUAGGACCCGCCGCGGCUCUAACAGCUAGUCCGUGUGGUAACCAAUGGGGAGGCUGGAGCUGCAGCUCCAGCCUCCCCCUGCUCACACUGCAACCUGCCUCCCCCACUGCCAGCUGGCCAGAGUCCAGCCCUGGCGCGGGGUUUAAAUGCCAUCAUCGAGUAAGACUGUUACUUAUGAUGGCGCAGAAUGCUUCAUUAGCCCUCACUGCACUGCACAGUUUCCCAGCGCUUCCUCCUCCACUUCCUUUACCGCCAUGCUAGGUGCAGUCAAACUCAGCCUCAGCUUUGAGAAGGCGGCCCGUGUGAUUGUGACAUGGCUGUCCUGCAGAAGUCUUAUGCUGCUUGUUGGAGAUCCAGCUGGCUGCUUCUGCUAAUCAAAGAUGGGCAGUUCGUGUGCUGCAGUCUGAAUCUCAGUGCAGUGCCCAAAACAAGGUAUGCUGCACCUGCCACUACCAACUAAAAACUUUAAUAAUUAUAUUGUGCUGAGGUGCCUUCCAGUCUCCCAUAACUAAUGGAACAGGUGACCAACAUUUCAAGGGCCAAUCAGCCUUUUCAUCAGGGUGAAACAUUGGCAAUAAACCAGGAUGCGCUCCUACAGCCAAUCAUUACCUGAUGGUGUAUUCUGUGAGGCCACGCCCCCUAUGAUACCACACCCCUUCUCUGGGAGCAAGCGUGCCUUAGGUGCAUGUAAAUAUAACUUACCGUUCCCCUAUCAUGGUGCCCCCCCUUUCAUUUUCUUCUGGAUCCGCCCCUGGGAACACUGAAUCUGUAAUACCCCUUUCACACCGCAAAAAUAACCCAGUAUCGACCCAGCAUAUUGCCGGGUCGACACGGGUCAGUGUGCGAUAUGAAAGGGGCCUUGGAGAAUUCCCAGAUCGCCUGACCCGGUAAUAAAAGGGAUUAUUCCUGGGUUGAAUACCAGGUCAGUGGCAGUGUAAAUGGGUUCCCGGGUUGAUGUGACCCGGGACCUGUUUACUAAAUAGGGAGAGGCAGUGCGGAGAUGAGCUCAUCUCCCAGUGCCGCCUCCACCCCCGCUGCUGGCUCUGCCCCCUGCCGCUAUGGCAACCAGCCCGGCAUAUUGCCGUCUUGGGAAGCCAGCACUGAGGCUCCAAUGCUGGAUCCUACCCGGGAAGGACCCGUUUCCAAUUCCCGGGUGGGAUCCGUCAUUGGAGAUGUGAAAGGGGUAUAACUGAUGGUGCUGAACAGCACAGUUCCCUCAGCGUGAUCAGGUCUGUCAGCAAAACAUUCUGAAGCACACCAGCCCACCGUUAUAGACAGGCACAUGAGAAAGGAGCUAAAGGGAAGCUAGUUUUAUUUCUUUGCAUCUGUGGACCUUCUAAAACAGAGACAGACAAUGUAAAGGUCCAUACACACUUAACAAUAAAAUGAGGGACGUCGCUCAUUUUCCCCCUCCUUGAGCGAUGUCGUUCAUUUUAUCGUCAAGUGUGUAUGCCACCAGCGACGACCGAUGCGCGGCCCCGCGGGUCGGCAACGAUCAUCGCUGUCGGUAGGGCAUGCAUUAAGGAUGUGGACUGUCGUCCACGACCUUCAUGCAGGGCUGGCGGAGGCGUGACAUCACUGAGCGAUAUGAGCGGUCAUAACGCUCAGUGUGUACAGUCGGCCGCCGACCGGCCGGCCCGGGAGGGGGAAACAUUAGACAAUGUCGCUCACAGAGCGACAUCGUCUAAUGUGUAUGGGCCUUUAGAGUAUAACCUCACAAGGCUUAGUUAGCAGUUGACAUUUUCCCUCAAAUUUUAGACAGCUUCCUCAAGAGAUGCAGUAACUAAAAUAUGCUGUCAGAAAAGCCACUUUUAGAGUAAUUGUACUGUCAAAGUUGUACCAUAUAGAAGCUCCAAACUAUUGUUCUUCUAUAUAACAGUGUCACAUGCAAUAGUUGUAAAGCAGCUAGUAGGGUCAGUGACUAAACUGAACAAGGAGCACUCUGCAGUAUGAGCAGCUGGUAGCCUGGCUGUGUUAGAGAAGGAAUCCACUCCAAAUAAUUUGCAGAUUCUGCAAUUUAAUGUUAAACUCUUCAAGGGCUACUUAAUUUACUGAAAUAUAGAGAUGGCGAUCAGAGCCAGUGUGUAUCUGUAAAGAAUAUAUCAACCGUUACAUGUUUCAAUUUUGUGGGCAAGAAAAUAAAAAGAUAAACCGUUGCACUGAAUAUUAAUGUAUGUUACUAUUACUGUUUGUGCCUAGGCCUAGGCUGUAACCAUUGAAUUUUAUUUUUGAAAUAAAAAAAUUUUACAAACUUU